AUGCUGCGAGCACGCGCAGUGCGAAGUGCGGCGCUUGCGCGCCGCACCAUGUUUGCGCCGGUGUACGGAGUAGCACGAACGUAUAUGAUGCAGCCGCAGUCACCGCGUGUGGCGCCGGCGCGGCGCCUGCUGGCCGUGCUUGCGCCGCAGCGCCGCACUAUGUUUAUCCAGACGGAGUCGACCCCGAAUGCCGACUCGCUCAAGUUCCUCCCGGGUUGCACGGUGAUGGACAAAGGCACAGCUGAGUUUACAGACAAGCGCGAGUCGAUGUCAUCGCCGCUUGCCAAGAACCUGUUUGCUCUUGACGGCGUGACGGGCGUGUUUUACGGCCCCGACUUUGUCUCGGUGAACAAGGACGGGGACACGCCCUGGUCGACGAUCAAGCCAGAGAUCUAUAGCAACAUGAUGGAGUUCUUCACCGCCGGGCAUGCGCUGUUCCCCGACCCGAACUCGAGUAUGGCCGCCUCGGACACCACCAUUCUCGACACAGACUCCGAGGUUGUGGCGAUGAUCAAAGAGCUCUUGGAUACACGCGUCCGCCCUGCUAUCCAGGAGGAUGGCGGUGAUCUCGAGUAUCGCGGAUUUGGCGAAGACACAGAUGGCAUUGUGCGCGUAAAGCUCAAGGGCAGCUGCCGUGGCUGCGACUCGAGCACCGUGACACUCAAGGCGGGCAUCGAGCGAAUGCUGAUGCACUACGUUCCAGAGGUCAAAGGAGUCGAGCAAGUGCUUGGCGAGGAGGAGACUGUUGCUCUCGACGAGCUCGCGAAACUCGAAGAGCGCCUUCAAAAGCACCGCGAGGAGCGCGAUCGCGGAUUUUCCCCUUAG